GUAAGUGUUAUGGAUGAUCAAGGUACAGUAACAACAUUACCUGAUGGUACAGAGUUUAUUCCUCGACCUUUAGCAGACCAAGAUAGACAGUCACAUACUUCAGCUUCUAGUUCUUCUAGAAGUCUUACUAUGACGUAUAAUAAACUACCAGAUGCUAAUAUAUCAGAAAGUGUAACCUAUAUAGAUGCUAUCAGUUAUUUCUGUGAUAUGAUGGUAGAAAAAGAACUACAGGCUAUAAGAAGAGGACAAAGUGCUCAACCAGCAACCAAAUCAACUGAAAAACUUGCUCAAAAUAAAAAUACAGUGUUAGUUUUACCACGGAUACCAAGAAAACAAGCUUUAGUAAGACUUGGUGAAACACAUACAUUAUCUAGUAAACAGAGGAAAGAUAAAAAUAAAUACUGUUUACCUAGUGUAUUGACUAGAGGAAGACAUCAAAUACCAGGUGAUAUUACUGGCUUUGUUCCAGCUAUUAAUCUACCAUUAAAAACAGUCUAUAUGAAUCCAUUCCCAAAUCCUUUAGAUGCAUAUGAUGCACGGUUCCAAGAACCAGUUUUAAUAACAUUGAAAUCUGAACAGAAAUUUUUUAUUCAAACUAAUUCUAUAGUGCCUAUUGAAUAUGCUGCCGCACCUAGUAGCUAGUUUCAAUACAGUACUGAGUCAACUUCAUGAUUAUUAUCUAGCUGUGUAUAGAAGGAACUGUGAUAUUUUGUGAUAAGGAAAAUAUAUUUAUUGUAUCUUAAAUGAAUAAAAUGACAACUAUUUU